UCCCCGGGCUCCGCAUCCCCCGUUCCGGUGACCGUUCCCUCUGCCCACCCCCUCCAGGUGUUCUACAACGGCGCCAACGUGAAGCAGGUGGACGUGCCCACGCUGACAGGCUCCUUUGGCAUCCUGGCAUCCCACGUGCCCACACUGCAGGUGCUGCGGCCGGGGGUGGUCACGGUGUACGCCGAGGAUGGAACAGCCACCAAGUACUUCGUGAGCAGUGGCUCCGUCACCGUCCACCCUGACUCCACGGUGCAGGUGCUGGCGGAGGAGGCAGUGACCAUUGACAUGCUGGACCUGGCU